AAACACCGCCUUUUAAAUCUAAGUCACUUUUGUUUUCGUUUUUGAACAUUCAUUUGAGUUUUGCAUGGCUUUAUAUAUUCCACCUGACGUGUUGGAAAAGGCACAAGCCAUCUGCAGUAUUCCGCAUUCUGAGGAUAAGGAUGGAAUUACGAACUAUGUUAUUGAAGUACGGGUAUUACCUUUCAAGUGGCAGGUUAUACGGCGAUAUAGGCAGUUUGUGGAACUUCAUGAAAAGAUGACUAAAAAUUUCUGUGUGAACAAAAACUUGCUUCCACCAAAGAAAAUAAUUGGCAAUAGAUCUGAAUCCUUCAUCAUGGAGCGUCAAAAGGGAUUAGAGUUUUAUUUGCAGACUUUAUUGCAUCGUUUCACAUUGUUACCUGAGCCCCUGGCAAUAUUUCUUGAUUUUCAAAAAUAUGAAAUACGAACAAUCACAUCCAUUCUUUCAGAAAUGCUGUUUAAUGAAGGAGAUGAAAUAAUUGCGAAAGAACAACCAUUUGAAUUUAAUCCUCUGCAAUUGCAUGCUAUUACAGAACGUUUGAAACUUGGAGACCCUCCCUUUUAUUCCAACAAUCCCAAGCAAGAUAUUGCCCAUUUAGUGGAGUUUGUUACUCAGUUGAAGCAUUUGAAAAUUGUUGGUAGCUUCAAAUAUUUUGAAUCUAGUAACAUCAUCCCCAAUUAUCUGUCUUAUGAUCUUUCGAUGUUUAAGUUUUUAGAAACAGUCGAGAUUUUAAAUGGCCAGUUGGAAAAGAAUUUGAUUGCUGUCGGUGCUUUAAGAAGAAGACUUAAAACAAUAAAAAUUCGGCAAUCCUUAACGAAUUUGUCUACCUUUUUGCUCUGUGAGAUACUGCAUUGGUGCCCUGUCAUGGAUCCUGUGCAAAAUUGGCCUUUCUGGCAGGCUGUUACUGAUGCAAAUUUUAGUCAUAAUAACUUAACAAAGAUACACCCGUGCAUUAAACUAUUAGCUGCAGUUCAGAAAAUCGACUUAAGUUAUAAUGAGAUAGAAUUAAUUGAAAAUAUGGAGACACUUUCAGAAUUAUCUGUUUUGAUAUUGUCCCAUAACAAAAUUCGAGAUUUGGACCAUUUACAUACUCGCCUUGGGAAUAUACAUUCACUUAAUCUUUCUUCAAAUAGGAUUAAAUGUUUGCACGGCUUAUCGAAAUUAUUUUCUGUAUCAGAGCUCUUUUUAGAAAAUAAUUUGAUCACCUCAAUGGCAGAAAUUUCUAAUCUAAGUAAAUUGCCAUGUCUUGGAAAUCUGAAUCUUCAAAAUAACCCUGUGACAUUUACCGUUGAUUACAGGCCUCAACUAUUGUUAAAGUUGGGAUCUCUUGCUCCAGAAAUCACUAUUGAUGGUGUGAAAACAUCGGAAAAAGAGAUAGACACUGUAUCUAUUUUGCAAGCUUUGAGAGAUGCUCGAAAUGAACCCAUGCCAAAUGUGACACAUAAUGGGCAUCUAAAGGGAACCAAUACUAAAUCUGCUUUAUCAGUCAGCAGCGUUCAAGUGCCCUCAAAGAUGCAGGAACAGAAUAAUACAGAAUGUGCAGUUAAAAAACCGACUAGUAAUUUGCAUGAUGUAUCAAAGUUUCGUCAACAAGUUGAAACUUUAAGGAGAGCUGGUGGGACAGACUGGUUAAGACUGCUGAAUGAAAUGCAGUUCUCUUCUUGUAAGGUUGGUACUCAGUCUACUGUAGUAAGCAAUUCAAAUGAUCCUACUUUUAAUGAUGUGCAGUUACAGACCAUUUACUCUUUGGAUAAAAAUUCAAGUAACUUGACUGCUGAAUCAAUACGAAAGUUCAGCAUUAGUUUUGAAAUGUCAUAUCCUGAGUGCUUAAUGUUCUUUGAUUCAGAUAAUCAAGAUUUCCAGCAGAAGCUUUUUGACACUAUACUUCGUGGCAGUACAUUAAAUGGUAAAAGAAAAAUUUCGAUUAAAAAUAUUAGUGAAGCCAAAGUUUUUUGGGUUAUUGUACUUCAAAAUAACGACAGUUCUUUGUGUGAAAUGCCCAUAUGUUUGCUACUUUUACAGUCUGAGAUAGUAUUUUUGAAGUUGCAUAAACUGGUUCAAGAAAUGCAUGAAGAAUUUUAUUCUCUUUCCAAAGUAAAUCCAGAGCUUGUGUAUGAAAGAUCUAUUAAACCUGAUGAUAUACUAUCUCUUAGCAUUGGAACUUACAAAGCUUAUGUCGAGCUUAAAGUAAAAUUUCAAGGUAGAUCUGAAAAUAUAACUAUUUUAACUCUUAAAAAAAAUACUACAAAUAUGCUUGUCAAAGAAUCUAGUCAUUUGUAUAAGAUUGAAUCUACUUAUAAAUCAAAUCCAUUUGCUAAUAGUAUGCUUGAUAUUGAAAAAGUGGAUUCUAAUUUUCCUGUUAGUAAAAUUUCUGUUGAAAAACAAAUAAUUUUUUGUCAGCGUGUUCGUGUAUCCAAAGCAUUUCAUAAAUCUCAAAGAGGAAUUUUGCAUUAUAUUUUUGUUACCCCAUCGCAUAUUGUUCUAAUGGAAGAAAGAUUACAUUAUCCCCAAGUUGUCGAAUUGGAUAUCACUAUCAAACCUCAAUUCCAGGUCUGUGCUACUGUCAGUGUGCAUACAAAUAUUAAGCAAAUUCAUCUGAAAGAUAUAGAUUUUGAAUCUGAUUGUGAACCACACAAUACUGCAAUUUCUGAACAAGAAAAUGAAAUUGCUAAUUUGCUUCCAGAAAAUGAGGACUUAAGCACCUUAAAUAAGUGUGGUUUCUGGUUGAUUUUAGAAUUUGAAUCCCAUGUUUUGUUGUAUUUAAAUUUUUUUUCUUUAAAAAAAAGAACUGAAUUUUUGGAUGCUUUUCUUGGUGCUCGAAGUCAGAGAUAAGCUAUGUUAAAAGUUAUGUUUUUAUGUACAUAUAUGAUUGUGAAAAAAUGUAAAUAUUUAAAAAAUAAAUUAUUUGUGUGAGUGAUACUAAUUAUAAUUAUCAUUUCAUUUCUUAAGUCUUUUUGUAUUUAUUUCAAUGAGUAAAAAAAUAUACUUUAUUGUUACAUUUAAUUGUAACGCUGAGUUUUUUUAUUGGUUGGCAUAUACAGUACUUGAUAAGCAACCUCAUCUCUUUUGCUCUUGAUUAAUUUUCAUAAAAAACUGUAUUUAGCAUUUUGAAUAAUCUGACUAUAUUUUAUAAACUUGUUAUGUUGUGAUCAAAUAACAAGAAAUUUGAUCUUUGAUCACAGUCUUUUGCAUGUCGUUGUUGUAGGUGGCAGCGAGUUUAGGGGGAGGCGCGAGAGGUCUUUAAAAAAAAAAAAGAACUGAAUUUUUGAAUGUUUUUCUUGUUGCUCGAAGUUAAAGAUAAGCUAUGUUAAAGUUUUGUUUUCAUGUGCAUAUAUGAUUGCGAAAAAAUGUAAAUAAUCUAAAAGAUAAAUUAUUUGUGUGAGUGAUACUGAUUAUAAUUAUCAUAUCCAUUCCUUAAACCUUUUUGUAUUUAUUUGCAAUGAAUAAAAAAUUAUUCUAAACUGUUA